UUAACGAAGCAGGGAAGUAUCCCAGACAGUUUAAACUCCCCCCUGAGUUUAUUCUGCAAUCAGAUGGGAGAAAGGGAGGGGAUUCUCCCCUGCUAGCUAGCCGAAAGCUUUUCUUCUCCCUGACAUUUCCAGUAGUCUGAGAAGGAGAACGUGGAGGUGGAAGAGACCAGGGGCUGGGGGGGUGGGGAGACGCGGAUAGGGGGGCUUAGAGAAACAAAAGGAAACCAGCUGCAGAACUUCCUGGACAGGGAAAGAGAGAGGGAGAGCGCGCACACUAUCUAACGAGAUUAUUAAAAAGCAAGGGAGAGAAGGGAGGAGGAGCAGGCGGCUUUCCGCGCAGGCAGGAGUUCAGCGCCUGCCCCGGGUUCAUUUCCCCAACCAUGACCAGCGCGAUCCUGAGGCGGAAUUCCAGCAAGCAGGGCUUGCAGAACCUCAUAAGGCUGACGGCACAAUGGAGUGUGGAGGACGAGGAGGAAGCAGCCAGAGAGCGGCGCCGAAGGGAGCGUGAGAGACAGCUGAGGUCCCAGGCGGAAGAAGGCCCGACCACCACCAGCAGUUCUUCCGAGAGUGGGGUGGCAGUGCAAGAAAGCCGGAUUGAUGGUAAGCCUUCUGGGACUACAGAAUUGGAAGAGGAUGAAGGCUUUAGCGAUUGGUCCCAGAAACUUGAGCAGCGCAAGCAGAGAUGGGCAGGGGAAGGAGUGCCAGAAGCAGAGCAGACAUGCCAGGGCGACUGGAGAGAAGCCCAGCCGGCGGCACCUGUAUGCUGUGAAGAAAGUCCUAGGUCACCAAGGCGUUCCUAUGAGGAGGAAGAAGAAGGCAAUCUGAUGGAAGCAGAAGCCAAGCUAGGGCAGAUUCACCUGGAUCAGGAGUCUCCCAUCUUCAUCCGGUUUGCGCCUGGGCCUUCAAACUUCCUGAAGUUUUCCUCUGGCUCCAUCUCACAAGAUCAGCUUGAAGCAGAAGCAGAGCUGGAUCAGCAACAAAAGCUUAGUGAAGAUGUGGGUAUCAGAGAAGAGAAUCAGGAUGUCAGAGAGGAGCUCCAAGAUGCUGAAGAGGAGCCACAGCAUGUCGCAGAAGAGAAUCGGCAUGAAGAAGAGAGAAAAAUGCAAGAGGAGAAGAAAAGGAGGAGGAAUGAGGAGGAAGAGGCACCAGAAAAACGGCAAAGAACUCCAAGCACUUCCAGCCAAGAGGAAGAGUCUCAGCCUCCUUCAAGCCCUACAGUAAAGAUCACUGAAAGAACUGAAUCCCUGAACCGCUCCAUACAGAAAAGUAACAGUGUGAAGAAGACACAGCCACCUCUUCCAGUUUCAAAGAUUGAUGACAAACUUGAGCAGUACACUCAUGCCAUUGAGACAUCCAUCAAGUCUCCGAAGCCAGUGCGUCAGCUUUCCAUUGACCUUCCUUCCACUAGUGCUGCAGUGGCCAGCACGAAAAACCUCUGGGAGACGGGGGAAGUGGCUCAAACUUCUGUGAAGACAACCCCCUGUAAGGACAUUGUGGCUGGAGACAUUGUGAAUAAGAGAAGCCUGUGGGAGCAGAAAGAGAGCCCAAGGACAGAUGAAAAUGUCAAGCUUCCUCACAAGCUUCCUGGCAAGAAGUACAAGUACGUGGCAACAGGACACGGCCAAUACAAAAAGGUCUUGAUAGAAGAUGGGGCAACAGAAAAAUAGCCUGCUUUGGCACCAAAACACACAGGCUGGCUUGUUCCGUGAUUGAUGGACACCUGAGGCAAUACUUCUAUGCAGUGCUGAUGUUCCCCCUGCUAAAAAGGAACUGUGUUCAAAGGAUGACUUCACUUCCCAGCCUGCUUCAAAACCCAGCUACUGAUUUCUUCACAAAUGGGAGCAUCUCUCCAAGUCUGACUUCAUUUAGACUUGGACACAGCAUCAACUCAAGUGGCAAUAAUCUAGUUGUUGUUUUUUAAGCUAUCUCUAGAUUGGCUUUUCAUUCUUUUUUUGGGAAAUUAACUCGCGUGCUCUUCUGUACCCUUCUAAUUUCUUAAUUUAGUAAAAAGAGAGGCUUGACUAGUUCUCCUGGCCAAGCCUAGGGCCUAUCAAGGAGGAAUGUUUAAUUUUCCUUAACUACUUUUGAGUUGUGAGCAAGAAAGUGAAAGCAGUGGGAAAACGUAGGAGUUUAUGGCUGAGUCUAAGGCUCUUUCUACCACCUAAGCCUUCAAAAUGGCAAAGCAUACUAGUGUCUCACCUCUUGACUAACAGGGAUGCUUUUGAUGGUGCGUAACUUUUCUAAACUUCUUAAAUAAGGGGCAGAUAGUAUACAACUAUAGAUACAUUAUGUUUUAGUCACAUUGGUCCAUUCUACUUGCAAUCCAACCAUAGUUUUUUCUUGUCUUUAUUCAAGAUGAUGCUCUCAUUGAGAGAUGUAUCAUGAAGUAUGUGAUGGAUGUUCUCUCCCUUUUCUUUUGGGCAAUCAUCCCAUGGCUAAAAAGCACUUCAGGAAAUAUUUCCCCCAAAGUGCCUGCCUGACUCUCAAUGAAGUGCUAAUUCUCUAUUUCCAUUGAUUUUCCCCGUGACACCUCCUUCAUGCACACAAACCCUACAUCUUCCUUCUCUUUCUUGGUCAUAGGCUUUCCUUCUGUAAGGCGUAAGCUUCAAGAUGAGCACUAGGUACGGGUUUGAGAGAUGAUACAGGAUUGAAUCUUGAGCAUGAAUUGGUGCCCAGUGCACCUAGGAGGCCUCUUCCCUGUUCUGGCAAAGUUACCAGAUGGGUGUAUCAGUUCAGAUGAAGGCCUGCUCCCAGAAGACAGCCAAAUGGGUUCUCAGAGGACCCACGGCUGCUAAUACUUUGCAAGGAGUGCCUGACUUGGUGCAAAGGGUGCAACACCUUGCAGUAUAAAUGCAUCUCUUAGCUUGCCAACUUCAAACACUUUUUGCCUCUCCCUCAUUAUACAAAAAGGGGGGGAGGGCACAAUAUCCUGCUUCUAGCCUCCCAAGACUAGCAACUCAAGGGCUUAGAUCAUCUUAUACAUAUCCCCACCUCACCUCCUCUCACCUCCUCUGUUGCUUCUACUUGGUACCAUUCUGUGUGACCUGGACUUUUUUUUUUUUUGUAAGCCUUUAAUAAAAAUUCUGAGAAACAAA